AAAGGAAAAGUAAACUAAAAAAAGGAGAGAGGGAGCGGAAAAAGUAGCAGCACUACAUUCAGACGAGACACAAUUCCCCAUACGUUCACCCCUUGACUCUCUCACUCUUUUUUUCACGCAUCAAUUUCUUUUCCCUCGUUCCCGUCGCGACCGUCGUCUUCCUCACCAACCGCCGUUUUGAAAUAUUCGACUCCGUUCGAAUCUCUUAUUUCUCUUUUUUCUUCAGCUCCAUGCUUCUCUAAUUAUUCAAUUCGAAAUAUCCUCUUUUAUCAUCUAUGCGGUAUUUGCCUUGAGUUCGUAGCUUGAAUCGGUGUUGCAAAUUCGUAAUAAAUUCACUCUUGGGUAUUUGUGUGACCAUGGGGUCCGCUUGUUGUGUUGCUGCAAGGGACAGAACCAUUGCAAACAGAACAGGACGUGAGACUUCUCAUAGAAAUUUGAGGUGUUCACCAUCAUGGAGCUUCUGCCGAGAUAAUCGAAGGCGUGUAGCUGGUGAAAUUGAUGAGCCUUCUUAUCAGGUAUCUAAUGGAGCUAGCCGAAAUGUUAGCAUGGAGAUAAAAGGGACAUUAGGCUCUGAUAGAGGUAAUUUUUCUGAUCAAGGAAGUCCUCUUGAGAUUGAGACCUAUGGAACACCCACUUCACAAAAAUCACCAGUCCAUGAAGAAAUGGGUGGGAAUAUGAUGACCCCUCCUUCAGACAUAUCAAGAGGAAGCAAUUAUUCGGUUGAUAUAAAGAAUUUGGUAGAAUUGCCGGAUAUCAUUGAUUCAUCUACACCAAAGCUUUCAUUUUGUAUACCUGCAUCUUUCUCACCACCAGUAACAGACACGUUCUCUAGCCAUGCUCAUUUGCUUCCUCCAAACUCAACCUCAUUACGACGGGCUCACCGUUCACCUGGGCAACAGCUAUUGAGGCAGGUUUCUGAUAGUCGAAUCCUAGGAUUGAAGUCGCCAAAUAAUUAUUCAAUGUCUGAAGCAAGGUCCUCUUUUGUCCUUUCCCGAUGUAGCAAUGACUUAACAGCUGGAUCUCAUGGUGGUUCUUCUGAUGGUUGGUCCAUGCGCACAUUUUCAGAGCUUGUGGCCUCUUCUCAAAGAGAAAGGUGGUCUUUUGACAGCGAACACUUAGGUUCUGGUUAUGGCAAGAUAAGUGGAUGUAGCAGCAGAUUCUCAUACUCUCCUUCCAUAGAUGCACGAACUUGUGGUGCUUGCUCGAAGCUUUUAGCUGAGAGAUCCUCAUGGAGUAGCAAUGAGAUUUCAGUGGUUUCUGUGCUUGUCUGUGGACAUGUUUAUCAUGCUGAAUGCUUGGAGUUGAUGACACCGGAGGCUGACAGAUUUGACCCAGCCUGCCCAAUUUGUAUGGUUGGAGAAAAGCAGGUCUCAAAGAUGUGCAGAAAAGCUUUAAAAGCUGAAGCAGAGUUGAAAGCAAAACAUCUUAAGUUGUUAAAGAAUAGAGUUAUAGAUAAUUCUGUUGAUGGUGGUUGUAGUGAUAUUGAACACCUAGAAAACACCAAACGAGAAGGAAAAACUCCAAAGCUGGAACCCAGUUCAAGCCGGAGAAGCUCCUUGGCAAAGCCUUUCUUGAAACGCCACUUCUCAAUUGGGUCUAGGUGGGGUAGAUUGCUAUCAGAGAACGACUCUGCUAGGAAGAAGGGGUUUUGGGUAAGAUAUCGAAAAGAUUGAAUUCCCUCUUCUACUGGCAUCAGGUGAGGAGCCUGUCUGUUUCAUCAUGAAAGUUCAUUACUGUCAGUAAAUAUGUGUUUGUUCCCCUUACUUCAAAGGGUUUGUACGAGUCAGGCUUCCAAGUUUUAAUGCAACCUAGUCUCAGCUUAUUAAGUCAGAGGUUUUCCCUUUUCAAGCUAAUACCAUCAACAGGAUAGGCAGAAAAUUUCCGAUAACGACCCACCUUAUAACUCUAGCCCUUUUACUUCUGUUUGCCCAUUUGCUUUGGGGAGGGUAGGGCAUGAGUGUGAUGAACUUUGAAUUGGAUCAAAUUUAAACGCUUAGUUUUGGAAUUCAGUAGGAACCAAGAUAUCCGAUGGUGGGGUUUUGGGAGUUCAUAUUUCUCAAGAAAUGAAAGUUAUUUUUCUUGAUUUCCGGAUGGCAAGUAUGGUUGUUCUUUGUAGGUUUUACAUCCCAUUACGAAUGACUGAUACUGAGGAACUGAGACCUUCAGGCAUCUGUCCUCAAUGAAGCAUUGAAUUGAUUAGGAAAAGUGACUUACUAAGAACUUCACUGUAUUUUACCUUUUUAACUCUUCUUUGCUGUAAUUUAUGACACAGUAAAUUGUGCUCAUGCCGCGUGUUGUGUCUGUCGGGUGGAGUUUAUGGAGGGUGCGGGACCUUAAUGUCUUCAAAAGAGCACUGUUAGUUUCUCGAUUUUCAGAACCUAAGGUUCGCAUUGCUGCAUUCAGCAUUUGGUCAAUUAUGCUCUGUAAUUUGUAUUUAUAACUAGGAUAAAGAAGCUGCAUUACUAGUUCUCUGCAUUAGAAA